GAUACUGCUUUACAAAACCAGAACUGAUCUUCACAUUGGAGCAAGGAGAAGAUCCGUGGUUAUUAGAGGAGGAGAAAGGAUUUCUAAGCAGGAACUCCCCAGAAGACUCCCAACCUGAUGAAAUCUCAGAGAAGAGCCCAGAAACUCAAGGCAAACAUUUCUGGCAAGUUUUAUUCACCAAUAAAUUAUUGACUACAGAGCAAGAAAUUUCAGGAAAACCACAUAAUCGGGACAUAAACAUUUUUCCUGCAAGAAUGAUGCCUUGUAAAUGUGGCACUGUGGGGUCUGCUUACCAGGGUCUCAUCCCGAUGGCCCCACACUGUCAGUAUUCAAAAGAAAAGGCUCAUGAGCAUAAUGUAUGUGACAAAUGUCUCAUCAGUAUUAAGGAUGGCAGAACUAACACUCAAGAGAAAUCUUUUGCUUAUAGUAAAAGUGUGAAAACCCUCAGUCAUAAGGAGGACGUUAUUCAAUAUCAGACAAUUCAUACUUUGGGGCAAGAUUUUGAAUAUAAUGGAAGUAGAAAAGCUUUUCUUAAAAAGGCUGCCCUUGUUACAUCUGAAAGUACCUACCCAAAAGGAAAAUCUUACAAUUUCAAUAAAUUUGGGGAAAACAAAUAUGAUAAAUCAACCUUUAUUAUUCCUCAGAACAUUCAUCCAGAGAAGAGUCACGAUGAGUUUAAUGAUACUGAAAAUUGUUUCUGUAGGAUCACUCACAAAACUCCAACAGGAGGGAAAUCUUUCAGCCAAAAGUCACAUAUUAGAGAAUGUCAUAGAGUUCAUAUAGGGAUGAAACCCUUUGAAUAUGGAAAAAGUUUCAACCAUAGUUCAACCCUCCCAGUGCAUCAGAGAACUCAUGCAACAGAUAAAUACUCUGAUUAUAACCCAUGUACAGAGACAUUCAGCUACCAGUCAACUCUCAGUGUACAUCCGAAGGUUCACAUAAGGGAAAAACCCUGUGAGUAUAAUGAAUGUGGAAAAUCCUGCUCUAUUAAUUCACGCUUGAUUUGGCCUCAGAAAAGUCACACAGGGGAGAAACCUUAUGAAUGUCGUGAAUGCGGGAAAGCCUUCAGUGAGAAGUCACGCCUAAGAAAACAUCAGAGAACUCACACAGGAGAGAAACCGUAUCAGUGUGAUGGAUGUGAGAAAGCUUUCAGUGCAAAGUCAGGCCUAAGAAUACACCAGAGAACCCACACAGGGGAGAAACCAUUCGAAUGUCCUGAAUGUGGGAAAUCUUUUAACUAUAAGUCAAUCCUCAUAGUGCAUCAGAGAACUCACACAGGGGAGAAACCUUUUGAAUGUAAUGAAUGUGGGAAAUCUUUCAGCCAUAUGUCAGGCCUAAGGAAUCAUCGAAGAACUCACACAGGGGAAAGACCAUAUAAAUGUGAUGAAUGUGGGAAAGCUUUCAAACUGAAGUCAGGCCUGAGGAAACAUCAUAGAACACACACAGGGGAGAAGCCCUACACAUGUAAUCAGUGUGGAAAAGCUUUCGGUCAGAAAUCACAACUCAGAGGACAUCAUAGAAUUCACACAGGGGAAAAACCCUAUACAUGUAAUCAUUGUGGGGAAGCUUUCAGUCAGAAAUCAAACCUCAGAGUACAUCACAGAACUCAUACUGGGGAGAAACCCUAUCAGUGUGAGGAGUGUGGAAAAACUUUCAGGCAGAAAUCAAAUCUCAGAGGGCAUCAGAGAACUCACACUGGGGAGAAGCCCUAUGAAUGUGAUGAAUGUGGAAAAGCUUUCAGUGAGAAGUCGGUCCUAAGAAAACAUGAGCGAACUCAUACUGGGGAGAAACCAUAUAAUUGUAAUCAGUGUGGGGAAGCUUUCAGUCAGAAAUCCAAUCUCAGAGUACAUCAGAGAACUCACACAGGGGAGAAACCCUAUAAAUGUGAUAAAUGUGGAAAAACUUUCAGUCAAAAAUCAAGCCUUAGAGAACAUCAGAAAGCCCACCCAGGGGAUUAGACAUAUGCAUAUAAAGAACAUGAAAAAACUCUGAGCUGGAAAUCAAACCUCACAAUACAUAAAUGAACACACAGGAGAGAAUGGUUAACAUAGCACUGGAAUUUCCUCUACAAUUUCAGCCUCCACCAAAUGUCAAAGAAUAGAAGAUGAAUUGUUGAAAUGUAUUUUAUAUGGGCAUUCUUUCAGCCAGAGCACAGACUUCCAUGGAUAUUACAGAACUCACCCAGCAAAGAAACCCUAUAAAGAUAAUGAAUAUAGAAAAUACUCAUGUGAACUCACUCCUCAGAAAACUCAUGCUGCAGAAGAGCUCUGAGAAAGUAAUAAAAAUGUGACAACUUUGUGCCGACAAUCAAAACUCUUUCAUCAUCAAUCACACAAUGACAAAAGCUAGAAUAUAAUAAGUGUGUGAUGAACUUUAAUGAAAAGUCAGUACCGCAGAAAAUACAUUCAAGAGAGAGACCUCAUAGUAUAUUAAACAAGAAAUGAAGUUAAUGGACGUGGGAAAUUCUUCUGCCAUGUCGACCCUCAUUUUAACCUACACAGAGGUAAUCCCUAUAUGUCACAUAAUAACUAUUGAAACGUUCACUAGUAAUCAUUUUCACUUCUCUCUCAUGCCACGCCUGGCCUAAAUUUCUCAACUGCUCUGUCAUAUAAAUGGGGUCAUAUUGUUACCCUCUAGCUAGUGGAAUAUGGGGGUCUGUGACAGGUCUUAAGUACAUCAGCAAAAUUCUCAAUAUUUUCUUCUAUCCCUCAUUAGAAUGGAAUGGAGGAAAACCUUGGGACUCAGGCUCUGAUGAUAGAAAAUACAAGAUGGUAGGAACCAAGGUCAGAGAAGGACCCUGUGGCAUGGAGUUUUCUCCUCCACGUACACAGUUGGACUUUCUGCAGUGAGGAAAUAAAUGUGUUCUCUGCUGAACUUCUAAAGGGUUGGGUAUACUUGAUACUGACAGAAACUCAACAACCCUCACAUAAUAAAACUCACAAGUAUGAUUUUUCAGGACAUCUGAACUCAGUGUAUGUCAGAAAAGUCACAUAGGACAAACCUCAGACAGCAUCCUGAAUGACCAUUGCUUUUAUUCCCAAGUCUUCCUCAUCGGACAGGUAAUAUCCUAAGAAAUCUGACAUUUUAACAAAUUUAGGAAAUUCUUCACACACACGCACACACGCACGCGCACACACCCAGAAUCUCAUUAAAUAUUUGAUAAUUUAAUUUUGAAUGUGUGAAAUUUUCAACAAAUUAUCAUAUUUUAUAUCAGAGCCUGUUACAAGGGGAAAAAUCUAUCAGUUUAAGAAAGGUAAGUAAUAGCCUUUAUCUAGAUAUUGCAAUAUCAGAACUGUUUCAUAUAUAAUAUCAAAACUUUUAAUGAAAUGUAACAUUGAUUAAUAGACAUUCAGUAUAAUAAAAAGCUUAAAAAGAACAAGAAAUAAAUUGCAUAAACUGAAAAGCAGUGUUGCAAAUAUGUGAGUGUUUUGUGAGUUAUUGAUUGUUUAUGUAUGUAUAUGUGCAUGGUACUUACCAGGUGUUUGUUUUAUAUGUUUCUUAGACCUCAACAUUGCUAUAAGAGAAUUGUGUUCCCCUUGCUUUAUAACUACUUUGACAUCAACUACACUUUGCCACAUGAAUAUUAAUAACAAACCUUUUAUGGAAAAUAUCUGAUACCACAUUCCCUUUCUCCUGCUGCCUUCUAACAUGUCUGUGUAGUAAAGGCCAUUGUUACUAAACUGCCUCUUUUCAAGGAAGCCAGUGUCAACCAAUAAAUUUCUCUCUCUCUUUUCUGUGUGUGUCUCUCACACACAAAUACACAAGCAAGUAUAUAUAUAUCUUCAACAUCACUGAUUCUUUCCUAGCAGUGUUGAGUACAAUAAUGGACACUUGGGAGGCAAUCUUUAUUUAUGGUACUGUAUUUUUCAUUUUUAGCAGUUUAAUUUUGUUACAGUUUUUAUCUCUCCGUCACAGUUACCUACCUGAUACUUCAUGUUGUCUAGUUUUCCCACUGGAGUCACUUUCUAUGGCAUUUGGCAUUCUUUCUCUCAGUUAAACAACUGCUUGGAUCUUUGUUUCUCUCUACAACCACCUAGUUUUCCAGAUAGCUUUUUUGCUCUGUGGCCUCAGACAUCUGGUGCAUUGAAGAAAAGUUAAAGCCUUCCCAACUGUUUUCUUGUUUCAUGGAUAGAGAGCAGUGCUCUUGCCUGCUCUCUAUUUCUCUGAGUUGUAACUAAAUGUCAUCAGUUGUUUUUUGACAAAUGUUUCAGGGUAAUUUGAUGGAAAAAUGAUCAUUGUUUUAAAAAAUGAUGCUAAGAUAAUUGUAUUACUCCAUUCUCACACUAGUAAGAAGAAAAUCCCAAGACUGGGUAAUUUGUAAAGGAAAGAGGUUUAAUUGACUCUCAGUUCUGCAUUGCUGGGGAGGCCUCAGAAAACAUAAGAUCAUGGCAGAAGGCAAAGAAGCAGGCACGUUUUUUACAGGGCAGCACAGUGAGUGCAGCAGGGCAAAUGCCAGAUGCUGUAAAACCAACAGAUCUCAUGAGAGUCAGUCACUGUCGCAAGAACAGCAUGGGGAAAACUGCCCCCCAUGAUCCAGUGACCUCCAGCUGGUCCCACCCAUAACACGUGGGGAUUAUGGGGAUUACAAUUCAAGAUGAGGUUUUGGGUGGAGACACAGGCAAACUGUAUCAAUAAUGAUACUUGUAAAUGCAACUUGAUCUUUACACCAUAAUUUAAAACUUACUCAAAAUCACAGAACCAAACAAAAUCACUAAAAGUACAAAAUUUAUGAUACAAAACAAAAGAAACUGACUGGAUAUGGUGGCUUGCCUGUGUAAUCCCAGCACUUUGGGAGGCCAAGGCAGGAGGAUUGCUUGAAGCCA